UGAGGCAGUCAUUCCAGUCGUGCGACCGUGUUCAGUGUUUGCUCGGCUACAAACCAGGAUUUAAUUUCGUGCUAAAAUCAUAGUAGCAUUGCCCGAUAUGAUGCUUGUUUCGGUCCGUAGGCUGUAUGUGCGAUUCUGUUUUUGUGUACACUGCAGCGGAAAUAAGAUAUUCAGUUGUGGGACAGUUGCUGGACAGUCUAAACCCUUCAGAGUCCCGUCAGCGAUUAUGGCGCUGCAAAUCGUAUCGGUGUUCGUUGUGUUUCGGUGCCUGUGCUGAUUGUGUUACGUGCAAUUUCAUUUCAUCUGUGACAUCAAAACAUCCGAGGACCAGUUUCAGUUCAGUGAUUCAUAAAAAGCGGUGUGUUGUUUAUGCUCAGAAGGACAUAGGACGAAACAACAAAAUUAUUUGUUGUUCUGUUUUGGUUCUGUUGCAAUACAGACACGUAACGUAGUGUCUACAGAUGUGAUCUGUUUGUCGUGGAUUAAGAUAUUGCUUUCAAGCACUUGUUUACCAACGAAAAAACGAAGAACAUUUAACUGCAUAAUUUGAUUUGAAGCAAUGACAAUAGAAACAUAGGCCUGUUUGUGAAAAAGCAAUGUUUCGUGUGCCAUUUUGUACCUCUUCAGCAAGUACAAUGCCAUGUCAACGAGUUUUCGCGAUAUUGGUGUGCGUAAUAGCAUUAGCACGUGGCGAUGACGUCACUGCAGCCUGUGGGUAUCAGGAAGACGCCGUUACUAUAGCAACGCAUCAUGCUACAGCAAUUUUCACAGGGAAGGUAGAUUCGCUUUCGUAUUCUGAUAACGGUGAUGUCACAGCAGUUAUAAUAGUGAAAAGGGUUUUGAAGAAAACUUAUGAUGGUGGCGUGUUUGAAUAUUUAAAUGGAGGUGGAAAAGUGAGAGUAAGAAUUGUGAAAGAUAAAGCGUCAACGUUGAAAGUUAAACAGUUUCGUACAGGUGAGUUCACAGAAGCUACAAUUGAUUUAGAACCUCUGACUAAGAACUUGAAUUGUUCAGUCAGUGUUCUGGAUGGUUAUUCCAUCGCUCCUCGAAUUAAUUUUGUGAAGAAGUUACGUGUGAAAGAUACUAAAAUAUUUUUGGUGCGGAAAUUAGAGUCUCGAAGUAAAAGGCUGUUGACAUCAGAGAAACAGGAUGCUGCAAUGGAACUAGACUCGCCUCCGCUGGUCCUGAAACUGGACAUGCUGGACAGAGUGUCUGCUGCAGUUAAAGACCUUAUCCGAGCUUCUGGAAUUGGUGCCUUUGGAAACCCGUCGUGAAAUGUGGUUCUAGCAU